UCGUUGCUGUCCAUCCCCGCGGGUAUGUUUGUGUUUGUCCUUGUAUUUAAUGUUGUGAAUGGCCGUCGAUUGGAGGGCAGACCCAAAGGCCCCCGAGCAGACGCCGCUGCCGUCGUGCUACACGACGUUCGGGCUGGCCAAAGUGACUCCCGUGAUUGAAACGUACGCCAACAACCCAGACAUUGUCUUGUGGGGUAUUCGGUUGCUGCGGAACUUGGCGACGCGGGACGCCGUGGCGCGGGACCAAGUGAAUCGAAGCGGCAUCGAACACAUCUUGUCCAGCCUGGCCAAACAUCGCGGGGCCCCCGCGCUUCGCGUGUCCAUUCUCGAGCUCAUCUACGUGGCGUUUACGACCAAUUACACGCGACUGAACCAAGUGGACGAGCUCUCGACGAUGGUGCUCAAUUGUGUGACACUGCUCCUUCUCGACCACGAAGACCACCACGCCGUGCAAGUGUUGGCGCUGCAGAACUUGGUCACGGCGUCUCAGCACGCAUCCAAUUUGGAGCACCUGAUGGUGUCCAAACAAGUGAUUGGUCCGUGCGUGCUGUCUCUGCUUCAACUGGCAGCCGCCCACGCAUUCCCGGCGACUGCAGACAGGGACACCAUCUUCGUGUGGGGGCUACGAUUCAUGGUCGUCAUGGGUCAAUACGACCGAGUGCGCAACCCCGUUGAGUUUGUCGACAGUGCCACGUCUAGCGGUCUCGUCGCAUAUUUAUUGGCGUCAAUUCAGUCGGUGGACGACCGCAUUCAAAACCUCGUCAACGUUCUGCGACGCAUGCUUCAGGAUGCAGCAGUCGUCACUCAAGUUGCCGCCACCACCUCCGGUCGAUGACAACCAACCAUUGCGUUCAGACUGCAUUACAUUAUCCUCCAAACAAACUCAAAACGGCAACUUGGACUCGUCACAAUACAGAGCCAGCCUACUCCAUAUCCACUAAUCAUGCCACGAAAUUACGCGCUUGUCCAUUUCAUCAAGCAUAGCAUAAGCAUCCAGCACGGGAUUGUUUAUAUAA